UCCUGUAAAAUUCCCUCUUCUUCUUCCUCUCGCUUGUGUUCUUGGCUGAAUGGAUGAUACGCCUGUGAAAAAAAAUUUCCCGCGUGACAACGACACACACCUAGAACACUGCCACGGCCGUGCUACCAUUCGCUGGGACAGAUCUAGCUAUAAAUGCCGCACGCUGUGCCGCACGCUGUGCCGCCGCGGCUGCCGCGGUGGCACGCCACGGUGUGCCGCACGGUAGACGUGACCCAACCAUAGUUCGCCGACGUGGCGUAUUUAUAAAAGCCAGGGCCUUGGCUGUGUUUCACGGUUUUCUUCCUGGGAGCGAGCAAUGGACGAUCGGCGCCAAGAAUCGAUGGAGAGCGCCGUAAUCGCGGCGGUGUGUGGCGAGGUCCGCGGCGAUUUCAAAUCUGGUAGGACUAGGAGCUUGGAUUGGCGGCUCGCGCAGCUCAAGAGCAUCGUGGAUUUGAUCAAAAAGCACGAGGAAGACAUCACGGAGGCCGUGGCCGUCGACAUGGGGAAGCCGUCGUAUGAGUGCUUCGCCAGCGAGAUCUUUCCCGUCAAGAGCGCGUGCCAGCUCGCGAUCAAAAACCUCAAGAAUUGGACGGCCGCCGUGAAUGUUCCACCGCUGCUGGCGACGCUCCCGGCGUCGGCCUCCAUGAAGCCGGAGCCUUUCGGUGUCGUGCUGAUAAUCUCCGCCUGGAAUUUCCCGUUUCUCCUUUCCCUGGACCCGAUGGUUGGAGCUAUUGCCGCGGGUAAUGCCGUGGUGUUGAAGCCGUCGGAGAUGGCACCAGCGACAUCGGCGUUGAUCGCACGGCUGCUCCCUUUGUACUUGGAUAAAUCUGCAAUUCGCGUGGUCGAGGGUGGAAUUCCGGAAACCACUGCUCUUCUCCAACAAAAGUGGGAUAAGAUUUUCUACACGGGCAGUCCAAGAGUCGGACGAAUUGUCAUGGCUGAGGCCGCAAAGAAUCUGACGCCAGUCACUUUGGAACUCGGGGGAAAGUCACCAGUUAUUGUUGAUUCUUCAAGCGAUCUCAAAGUAAAGUUCUCAAGUCUUUUUCGGUUUUGCCUUGGUGGAUUUUGGCUGACUUUUCUCUUCCAGGUCGCUACCAGAAGGAUCGCUGUUGGAAAAUGGGGAAACAACAAUGGUCAAGCCUGCGUCAGCCCAGACUAUGUGCUUGUCGACUCGUCUUGCUCGACUAAAUUCAUAGAAGCCAUGAAAGAUACGCUCAAGAGCUUCUACGGAGAGAAUCCUAGAGAGUCGAUGGACAUUUCGCGGGUGGUUAAUAUUAACCAUUUCAAUCGCCUGGUGGGCCUGUUGGACGAUCCAAACAUCGCAUCAAAAAUUGCACACGGUGGUGAAAAAGACGAGACGAAGCUGUACAUUGCUCCAACUCUUCUCGAGGACGUCCCGUUGGACUCGAAGGUGAUGAGCGAGGAAAUAUUCGGCCCGAUUCUUCCAAUCAUCUCGGUGCGAUCCAUCGACGAGGCUAUUGACAUCGUGAACAGCCGGCCAAAACCUCUGGCGCUCUACCUCUUCACCAAGAAGGACAAAGUGAAAGAGAAGGUCAUCGCAGAGACGUCGGCCGGAGGCAUGGUUGUAAACGACUGCUGCUUGCACUUCUUGACAACCACACUCCCAUUCGGUGGAGUCGGAGAGAGCGGCAUGGGAUCCUACCACGGCAAGUUCUCGUUCGACGCCUUCAGCCACCACAAGGCAAUCCUGACGAGGCCGUUCUGGAUGGACAUCAUGGCCCGGUAUCCUCCCUACAGCGCGCACAAGAAGACCUUCAUCCGGUGCCUGCUCGAGGCCGACUUUGUGGGGGUCAUCCUCUGCCUUCUCGGCCUCAAGGGCUGAUCCUUCUUCACCGGUUGUCUUUUCUCUCUAAUUUUUUCUCUCCCUCUGUGACGAAAUUUGUUGUUCUUUUCUUGGUUUUCUAGAAUCGAAACGUUUAAUUGUAUAGUUUGAAGCCAUAAUAAUCUACGUGCUCAAGUCAACGAAA